AUGGCCUCCCUCAACGGUGAUGAGUGUCCACCUUCAGGCACCUUCUUCCUCAAACUCCAGGCGCAAGAACCCCCAAAGCACUUGCACUAUCUGCGUGGUUGUUUUCAUCAAGAUCACUUCAUCCUCAGCACCUUCCGUGUCGACUACGUUAAUAACAAAUUUCUCACCGCGGGCACCCUCCCACGCCAGUACGAUUAUGGGCUCAUCUCCCUCUCGGCGGCGAUGUAUUCAAGUUCCAACGAAGUUGACCAGCGAAUUGGCCGAUGGAAGAAAAUAGUCACGUUUGACCCCAGGACUACGAUCGUACUCCACCAGGAAUCCUGCAUAGGUUUCUCAGACGAUGGCACCGACAACAAAUGGGUUUCGACCAUCGUGGUCCACCUUGACAAGGCCUUCGCAAAUCCGCCACCCGAAAUCGACAUUGGUCCCAUAACUGUAGCAACAGCUACCCUGAACGAGAAUGAAAAUGUCUCGUCCACUUUUGUACCAUCCAACUUUCCCAUUACUCGGAACCACAUCAAACACGCGAUUAUUUAUAGGCAAGAAGAUGAAGCACAAACCCAACGCAAAGAGGAGAAUGACAACAGCUGGGAGACGGUCAGUCACAGCUCGGACCAACCCGUCGGUACUGUCGAAUCCCCCGAUGACGACGAUGGCGUGUUGCUGUUCUAUCCAAGUGGGCCAUACGCAUCCCCAGUCUACCCCUGCCCACGUCUGUCGGAGGUGGAGAAGCUUGCGCGUCACACUGCAUUUGAAGAACUGAGGGAAAAGUAUGCGUACCUGGUCCAGCAGCUUGGCAACGUGCGUGACUCGUGGAUGGGCACUGCUUGCCCAAAGACGCCAGCAAAGCCUUUCCGAAGUCGCAACUCCAACCGCAUUCCAGUGUCGAAGAGGUCCGCAGAUGCCGUAGAGGAGAAACCACAGAAGAAACCUAGGAGAGCCAGCUUGUCUUGA